CGGCAGCGCGAGCGCCGAAUGGGAGCGGCGGCCCGGCCGGCCCUGCAGCCCCGCGGGCAGCAGCCAGGGCGACCGCGGAGGCGGCGGGCAGGGCGCGUGCGCACUGCAGGGGCGCCAGAUUUGGCGGGAGGGGGAGUGUCCAAAGCUCUUUGUUUGAUGGCAUCUCUGUUUACAGAGUUUACACUUUAAUAUCAACCUGUUUCCUCCUCCUCCUUCUCCUCCUCCUCCGUGACCUCCUCCUCCUCUUUCUCCUGAGAAACUUCGCCCCGGCGGUGCGGAGCGCCGCUGCGCAGCCGGGGAGGGACGCAGGCAGGCGGCGGGCAGCGGGAGGCGGCAGCCCGGUGCGGUCCCCGCGGCUCUCGGCGGAGCCCCGCGCCCGCCGCGCCAUGGCCCGAAGACCCCGGCACAGCAUAUAUAGCAGUGACGAGGAUGAUGAGGACUUUGAGAUGUGUGACCAUGACUAUGAUGGGCUGCUUCCCAAGUCUGGAAAGCGUCACUUGGGGAAAACAAGGUGGACCCGGGAAGAGGAUGAAAAACUGAAGAAGCUGGUGGAACAGAAUGGAACAGAUGACUGGAAAGUUAUUGCCAAUUAUCUCCCGAAUCGAACAGAUGUGCAGUGCCAGCACCGAUGGCAGAAAGUACUAAACCCUGAGCUCAUCAAGGGUCCUUGGACCAAAGAAGAAGAUCAGAGAGUGAUAGAGCUUGUACAGAAAUACGGUCCGAAACGUUGGUCUGUUAUUGCCAAGCACUUAAAGGGGAGAAUUGGAAAACAAUGUAGGGAGAGGUGGCAUAACCACUUGAAUCCAGAAGUUAAGAAAACCUCCUGGACAGAAGAGGAAGACAGAAUUAUUUACCAGGCACACAAGAGACUGGGGAACAGAUGGGCAGAAAUCGCAAAGCUACUGCCUGGACGAACUGAUAAUGCUAUCAAGAACCACUGGAAUUCUACAAUGCGUCGGAAGGUUGAACAGGAAGGUUAUCUGCAGGAGUCUUCAAAAGCCAGCCAGCCAGCCGUGGCCACAAGCUUCCAGAAGAACAGUCAUUUGAUGGGUUUUACUCAGGCUCCACCUACAGCUCAACUCCCUACAACUGGCCAGCCCACUGUUAACAACGACUAUUCCUAUUACCACAUUUCUGAAGCACAAAAUGUCUCCAGUCAUGUUCCAUACCCUGUAGCGUUACAUGUAAAUAUAGUCAAUGUCCCUCAGCCAGCUGCCGCCGCCAUUCAGAGACACUAUAAUGAUGAAGACCCUGAGAAGGAAAAGCGAAUCAAGGAAUUAGAAUUGCUCCUAAUGUCAACCGAGAAUGAGCUAAAAGGACAACAGGCGCUACCAACACAGAACCACACAUGCAGCUACCCCGGGUGGCACAGCACCACCAUUGCCGACCACACCAGACCUCAUGGAGACAGUGCACCUGUUUCCUGUUUGGGAGAACACCACUCCACUCCAUCUCUGCCAGCGGAUCCUGGCUCCCUACCUGAAGAAAGCGCCUCGCCAGCAAGGUGCAUGAUCGUCCACCAGGGCACCAUUCUGGAUAAUGUUAAGAACCUCUUAGAAUUUGCAGAAACACUCCAAUUUAUAGAUUCUGAUUCUUCAUCAUGGUGUGAUCUCAGCAGUUUUGAAUUCUUUGAAGAAGCAGAUUUUUCACCUAGCCAACAUCACACAGGCAAAGCCCUACAGCUUCAGCAAAGAGAGGGCAAUGGGACUAAACCUGCAGGAGAACCUAGCCCAAGGGUGAACAAACGUAUGUUGAGUGAGAGUUCACUUGACCCACCCAAGGUCUUACCUCCUGCGAGGCACAGCACAAUUCCACUGGUCAUCCUUCGAAAAAAACGGGGCCGGGGCCAGGCCAGCCCCUUAGCCACUGGAGACUCUAGCUCCUUCAUAUUUGCUGACGUCAGCAGUUCAACUCCCAAGCGUUCCCCUGUCAAAAGCCUACCCUUCUCUCCCUCGCAGUUCUUAAACACUUCCAGUAACCAUGAAAACUCAGACUUGGAAAUGCCUUCUUUAACUUCCACCCCCCUCAUUGGUCACAAAUUGACUGUUACAACACCAUUUCAUAGAGACCAGACUGUGAAAACUCAAAAGGAAAAUACUGUUUUUAGAACCCCAGCUAUCAAAAGGUCAAUCUUAGAAAGCUCUCCAAGAACUCCUACACCAUUCAAACAUGCACUUGCAGCUCAAGAAAUUAAAUACGGUCCCCUGAAGAUGCUACCUCAGACACCCUCUCAUCUAGUAGAAGAUCUGCAGGAUGUGAUCAAACAGGAAUCUGAUGAAUCUGGAAUUGUUGCUGAGUUUCAAGAAAAUGGACCACCCUUACUGAAGAAAAUCAAACAAGAGGUGGAAUCUCCAACUGAUAAAUCAGGAAACUUCUUCUGCUCACACCACUGGGAAGGGGACAGUCUGAAUACCCAACUGUUCACACAGACCUCGCCUGUGGCAGACGCACCGAAUAUUCUUUCAAGCUCCGUUUUAAUGGCGCCAGCAUCAGAAGAUGAAGACAAUGUUCUCAAAGCAUUUACAGUACCUAAAAACAGGUCCCUGGCGAGCCCCUUGCAGCGGUUCUCGUACAUGGUGGCUACCACAUCCUGGUGUUUGUCUAUACUGGGAGAAUCAGGCGUUCCAAGUCAUCUUGGCUGCCCUAGCUCUGAGCUUCGGGGGAUAUAUUACUCAGAAAUGCUAUGCUUUCUGGAAUUUGGAUAUUUCAUUUUUAUUUGUUUCUUGGUAAGUUCUUUUUUGACUUAGGAGAAGCUAACUAUUUGGAAAGGUCUCUCAGAACUCAAUUACAAAUAUAUGGUACCUUCUUUAUACUGAUCUCAUUUUUAAAUACCUAGUCCUGGAGGAAGAGCUAAAUAUGAAUACAGUGAUGAGCCAUGUAGGGGAUCUCACAGGAACACAGUCAGAUUUCAAGUUGAAAAUAGAUUCAGUUGAUAAUACUUAGUACUAGAUUCUCCUGAAUCAACUUUGGGAAUUCUGAGUCAACCUAAGGACUAUAUUACAAAGGAUCAGACCUUGACUUUUAGGGCAGGUAUAGUGGCUAACGCCUGUAAUCCCAGCACUUUGGGAGGCCGAGGCAAGUGGAUCACUUCAGUCCAGGAGGUUGAGACCAGCCUGUGCAACACAGCGCGACCCCCACUCUACAAAAAAUUUUUUUAAAAAAACAUAGCUGGGCAUGGUGACACACUCCUGUAGUCCCAGCUACUCAGGAGGCUGAGGUGGGAGGCUCGCUUGAGCCCAGGAGUUUGAGGGAGCUGUGAUCACGCCCCUGCACUCCAGCCUGGGCAACAGAAUGAGGCCCUAUGUCUAAAAAAAGAAAAAUAGAAAAGAAAAUUCUAUAUUGAUUGAAGCCCAGCUGAAUAGAAAAAAAAAAAAAAUUCUAAUAGGCCAUUUUAAAGACUUUGGAAAAAUUCUUAGCUAGAGUAAAACAGAAACAAUCCUUUCUUUCCUGGUUCUCACAUCUCCAUUCUCACCUUCAUUCCCCUUCCCCUCCAUUCGUUUCAAAUAUUUUUCUUUUCUAUGUGUGUCCUUAUGUAAAUUUAAAUUUGCAUACAAGAUAUUAUGAUAUUAAGAUAUUUCAUUCUGCUUCCUGUUUUGUCACUUGUUCUUUAAGAUCCAAGUCCGUGGCUCCAUGUGCAUCUAAUCAUUGCUAUAAGCCCUGCAUCGUACUUCAUAUUCACCAUAUUGAACUAUUCACCCUCAAGUGGUCACUAUUAAAUGUCACACUGUUGUAGCGACUACAAAUGCAAGCUCAGUAACUGAAAAGAUAACAUUAAAUUUUGUUAUUUAAUUGGUUUCCUGUGUCAAUUUCGUGUUUCGGGAAUUUGUAUGGACAGAUAGACACCAGAGAGAUAUGUGUAUUUCACCUGCAUGCUUGAGGCUAGAGAAACAUGAUUUAUUCAGAACUAUUUCAAAUACUGUAACUAAUCUGGUAAUUUUGUUUAGGAAAACAUUAAAUUUGGAAUAGAAGGCAAUUCAGAAUACCUGUCUAUUAUCUUUGUCUUGUCAUUUUGAGAUACUCAGUUCCUGGAAAAUACUAUGAUAAUCCAUCUUGCUAUGUAGUAUUUCAAGUUAUACGUUGAGCCUCUGAGCUUUCAGAGUGAACAUUUCUAUUCAUAGACAGUGCUGUUGACAUCAGUGGGGAGAUGGCACAAGCUUUGUGCCCUAGGAAAGUUUAAAAGCUAGAACAUUACACUGCAAACCCUACGUCAGGAAACUUUGUUCCAGCAACUAGGCAAGGAAACCCUACCACUGUACCCAUACCUUGUUUUAGUAGAAUUAUGUUUCUUUGCUAAGAAAUCUGGUGACUCUCACACCCCAUCUCAACACUUUCCUGGAUUCCAAGGCCCUGGUGCCCUGAGCACACAAUUUCCCAGAUUCCUUUUAUUGUUCCUGAUAAGAACUCGAAUAGAGGCAGUGUCUGGUACUCACUAGGGGUGUGGUCCCAUGGGUGACAUUCUUGCUCCAUCAUUUCUUACCCGGGUAACCUUGAAUAUGGCGCCUAAAUCCUCUUUUCCUUUCAAAUUGCCUGGUCUGUAAAAUGGAUGCAGUGAAUGGUACCUAUGCCACAGGUGUUUUGUGUGAGAAUUAAAUGAGAGGAGUUAUAUCAAUAACACUUAGAGGCAUGCGGGGCAUAUAGUGAGGGCUUGUUUUAUGUUGUUGUUUAACCCUUUCUUUCUCUGCCCUUGCCCCCUCCACAUCCCCUCCCACUGGCAAUAUACAAAUUGCAGCUUCCUGCCUCUUUCCUGCUAUCUCGCUCCCUGGAUGACAUCCCUGCGUUUCCAUCUCUCUCUUCCCUAAUCUUAGCUGUUUUCACCCUUUCCCUACAGCAUUGCCUUGACAGUUCCUCAUGUCCCAUCCCCUCUUCCCAUGGGCAACACCACAAACCUGCACACACGGCCUGUUAUUAUUCCUCCUGUUUCACCUGUGUCCAUUCUGUCUCAUAAAGGACACUGUAGGCUCUGAAGAGCUAAGGCCUUUCUUAUUCUUUUAUCCCAUGGAAAAUAAUCCCUCCAGAAAGCAAUACCAGGAAUAGUGCUUUUUCUAACCCACUGGUUUCCUUUUGAGCUUACAGCCACCAAAUCUUAUAUCUGUUUGUGUUUCUGUUCCCCUCUCUGCAUUGACUGCUAGAGAGAUCAAGCGGGAGGUUACAUCUAGCUGGGGCACUGUGCUUUAUGGCAGGUGUUUUGUGUGCAAAUCUCAUACCAUCUUCAUGUUACAGUUGUUCCUUAGUCUCCAUGGGGGAUUUGUUUCAGAACCCACAAGGACACCAAAGUCCAGGAAUGCUCAAGUCCCUGAUAUAAAAUAGCAUUGUGUUUGCAUAUAACCUACACACAUCUUCCCAUAUAAUUUUUUUUAUUAUUUGUAUACAUUCAUGGGGUACAAGUGUAAUUUUGUUACAUGGAUAUAUUGCGUAGUGGUCAAAGUCAAGGCUGUGAGUGUAUUUAUCACUGGAAUAAUGUACAUAGUACCCGUUCAUUCCUGUAUACUUUAAAUCAUCUCUAGAUUACUUAUAAUAGCUAAUACAAUGUAAAUGCUAUGGAAAUAGUUGUUAUAUUGUUAGGGGAUAACAACAAGGAAAAAACCUAUACAUGUUCAAUACACAGCAAUUUUUUUUUCUAAAUAUUUUUGAUCUGCCAUUGAUUGAAUCUAUGGAUGUGGAACCCACAGAUAUGGAACCCACAGAUGCAGAGGGCCAACUGUGUUUAUUUUUUCCAAAUUUGUUUCCCUAUGACACUGCCGUGUACACAUUUUUAAACUCUGUUGUCUUGUAUUUCUUUUCUAAUCAUCUUGCGUCCUUUUGGAAACCAAGUGGGGCAUAAAUAGUACAUGUUUGCAUUUGAGGCAACACAGAGGCAUCACAGGAGCUGGAGACAGCAAAGUUCAAAGCCAGUCCACCACUUACUUACAGAGUGGCCUUGGGCAAGUUACUUCCAUUUUCUGUCUCCAUUCUCUAGCCUGUCUAGAGAGAGAAUGAACCUGCCUCCCGGGGUGAUUGUGCUGUUUUAAUGAAAUAAUGCAUGUGAAAUGUGAAGUGCCAUUGUCCCUGGCAUGGAGAUGCUGUCCUUAGAUAUUAGGUCCAUCUUGUAUCUUCUAGUAUAUCUUUAAAAAUUAAACUAUACUGGCUUCAUGCCUGUAGUCCCAGCACUUUGGGAGGCCAAGACGGGCAGAUCACUUGAGUCUAGGAAUUCAAGACCAACCUGGGCAACAUGGUGAAACCCUGUCUCUACAGAAAAUACAAAAAUUAGCGGGGCUUGGUGGCACGUGCCUGUAGUCCCAGCUGCUUGGGAAGCUGAGGUAGGAGGAUCACUUGAGCCCAGGAGGCUGAGGCUACAGUGAGCUGUGAUUGCACCAAUACUGAUCAACCUGGUAUGACAGAGCAUGACUCUGUCUCAAAAAAAAAAAAAAAAAAGAAAAAAAUUAAACUAUACUGAUAAAUAUUUCUAAAGUAAUUGAUGAAAACAUAUAUACGACACUUAGCAGGUGUUGAUCAAUUCCAGCGCGUGCAUGAGCUGCUUCGCACUGCGGCUACGGCACUCAGCAGUUUGCUUAGUGAGUAGAUGGCCAUAGCUCACCUUAGGUAUCUGGAGAAUAAUGCUCAUUCCUGUCUCCAGCUUGGUAAAAUUGCCUAAUAGAUGGAAGGCAUUAAAUAUGAAGAUGUGAUUAUAUCUUAUGAAGCUGCUUGGAAUGGGUUUUCCCUCUUAACAAAUAAUUUCUGAUCAUCCAUAUCCCUUAAGAACACCGGAUUUCUGGGGGCCAGGGAGGUAAGAUUCUAUCUGACAAAGCCUUUCUGGUGUCAACCACUUGCCAUCUGUUGGUCAGUGCUGGCCCUGCUGGGUCUAUAGAAUGAGCUUCUUUGUCUGACGUUCCUGUUGCCCUCCC